UUAGUGGAUCCUGCAAAGCGUGAUCUGAAUUAACCGAAGCUCCAAUACAAGACACUGAAUGAAAACCAAAACAAAAAAAUUCCUAUAUUUACUUGUCUUCGUAUGGAAUGAUCCCAACAUGGUAAGUAAAUUCGAAAUAAGGAAUUAGUAGUUUGGUGUAAAAGGAAAACAGAUUUUGGAAAACGGUGAUGAUUCUUGAUUUUUCUGUGUCUAUCUCACCAGAAACCAACAAAUCUACCCCCCACCAUAGCAACCCCAUCUUCCUACCUCCUCCUCCAUUUUUUUCCUUCUCUCUCUCUAAAACCCCAUCUCUCUUUUUCUAUCUCUAUCUCUCUCUACCCCUUUGUGUGUAUAUGCGUAUGUAUGACGAAUUCUUAACAAAGACUCACUUAGAUAAGGUAAGAGAAAUAUGGGGUUGCUAAUUAAUUUUGCUUCUUCUUUCUUUCUUGUUGCUGCUGCUGCUUCUUUAAGGUAUUCUUCUAAAAUCACUUCAGAUUUGGUCCUUUUCUUGGGCUUUGGCUUCAUUGAUUGGUAAUAUGUCACUAUUUCUCCUAUAAAUCCACUAUAUUUACACUUUUAUUAUUUAAAAAAAAUAAAGAAGAAGAUAAAAAGAUUUUUUUUUAUACUAUAUAGUUUUCUUAGCUAGUGGUAAAGAUUCAAUUUUUAUAUUGUUGUCUUUGUGUUGGAAAAGUCUCUGCACUUUAUAGGGUUGAUGUUCUUGGAUUUGGGUUGAAUUUGUCAUCACUGUAUUAAUAGGGAUUUAUACAUUUCUGCUUCCUUUUUUUUUUUUCUAUUGUAGUUUGGUAGUUUGUUCCUAGCAUCUCAUUCUUUUGUUGCAUUAUAAUUUAGGGCCUAGUGGAUCUUGUUGGUUUCCCUUUUGCUCCAAAAAAAAUUCUAAUUUUAUUUUUGAUUUUCCAAUCUUGAGUUUAGAUAUAGGUUUUGGUGUUAUAGGACUAGCAUGGUUGAUGUGUUUGUAAAGAUUUAGUCUUGUGUCAAGUUGUUGUUUGGUUUGUUAGUUUUGAAGUUGUCAUUAGCAAUUGUCUCAAUUCCUAGGUAGAAUUUGUGAGUUAGUAAACCUUGUUGUCUCCCCAAGAAAAGGAAUUGUGAGAUAGAAGAUACUAUUUGGUACUGUACUGUAUUGUUGAUGGAGAAUCAUCACCCUUCAACCCGUUUGUCCAUGGAUUCGAGUGCAUCUUCUUCACAUGAUGAAUUAGACCUCGAGAUGAAUCGACAAGUAGUCAUAACUUGUCCACCUGACAUUAAUUUGCCUUUAUCAGCUGAGCGGAGCCCUCCUCUGCAGCCAUGGAACUCAGAACAUUGUGAUAUUCUUGAUGUUGGGCUUGGGACUCAGGUUUAUGAGACUGAAAGUUCACUUAGUGCACCUAAGGUUGGAAGGAAAUGUGCGAAACGGUUGGAUAGUAUUUGGGGUGCUUGGGUUUUCUUUAGCUUUUAUUUUAAGCCUGUUCUGAAUGAGAAAUCCAAGGCAAAGAUGGUACGGGAUAGUAAUGGAUAUUCCGGGUUUGAUAAGUCUGAUCUCCAGCUUGAUGUAUUUAUGGUUCAGCAUGACAUGGAGAAUCUAUAUAUGUGGGUUUUCAAGGAAAGGCCUGAGAAUGCAUUGGGUAAGAUGCAGCUCCGGAGUUACAUGAACGGGCAUUCUCGUCAAGGGGAGCGUCCGUUUCCCUUUAGUGUUGAAAAGGGUUUUGUUCGAUCUCAUAGAAUGCAGAGGAAGCACUACAGGGGUCUAUCAAAUCCUCAGUGUAUUCAUGGGAUUGAAGUCGUUCCAUCUCCCAGUCUCAUGGUUCUUGAUGAAGAGGAGCGCAAAAGAUGGAUGGAACUAACAGGUAGGGAACUCAACUUCAGUAUCCCACACGAAGCAAGCGAUUUCAGUUCAUGGAGGAAUCUCCCCAACACUGAAUUUGAGCUUGAGAGACCACUCCCACCGCCAAUUAAGAGUAAUCCACAUUCCAACCCAAAGAAGCUGGCUAAUGGAUCAGGGCUUAAUUUGUUAACUCAGCCAUCCAAUCACAGCAAUGGGGACGCAAUGGAUCUACUACCUGCCAAUGGCAAAAGGAAAAAGGAUUUCUUCCCUCACGGAAAUGAAGAGGAGUGUUACCUACAAGUAAAUCCUCCUUCCUAUCAAACGCCGGAUCUUGAAAUUCACCCAACUGAACCGCAUUGGUUACAUGACUUUACUGGGGUGAUGAGGGAUGUCUACGGGCCUGUCACAGCUGCAAAAAGCAUAUAUGAAGAUGAACAAGGUUACUUGAUUGUACUCAGUUUGCCAUUCGUAGAUCUUCAGAGGGUGAAGGUUUCCUGGCGAAACACGCUUACACAUGGUAUAAUAAAGGUGUCUGGUUUAAGCACAUCUCGGAUGCCAUUCAUCAACAGACAAAACAGGACUUUGAAGCUUGACAAUUCAUCCUCAGAACACUGCCCUCCGGGUGAGUUUGUCAGAGAGAUUCCUCUCUCAACCAGAAUUCCUGAAGAUGCCAAAAUCGAAGCAUACUACGACGAAACAGGAACUGCACUCGAGAUGUUGGUACCUAAACUUUGUGAAGGGCCUGAAGAACAUGAAGUUCGUGUUUGCCUCCGUCCUCACCUUGGGGGAAAUGAUCUCAUGUUGACCUAAGCGGAGAUGUGAUGAUACCUGUUAGGGAGGGUGCUUUAUUACAUGCACCAACUUAGUUUUCAUAUAAUGUGGUUUUAUGCAACUGUAUGAUCUUGUAUUCGAUUUGCACACAUUAGAUGUUGUUGGUAGGUUUUUUAAACUAGCCUUAGCUUUUGUUACACCACUAUUUGCUUAUGACAUUUGAUACCUUUUUUGGCUAUAUGGUAAAGUAAUUGAUAUUUGGUAGGCUC